GAAGAUGACACGGUCACGCGUAAAUAUUCGCCCCGCCGUCUUUCCAGACGACAAAGACACAGUUGGGCGGCUCUUUCUUGCGUACGCGCAAUCCCUUCCUGUCAGCCUUGAUUUUCAGAAUUUCGAACACGAAUUGGCUGCCUUGCCGGGGAAGUAUGCAGUCGAAAAGGGGGGCGCAGUGUGGCUUGCGUACGCAUCUCCCAAAGCCUCAGAGCCAGCGCCAGCACCGAAUGGCAACGCACACUCCGAUGCCAAACCAGUAGAGGAUGAACAAGCAGUCGGGUGCAUCGCCAUACGGCCGUUUUUCACUACGCCUACAACCGCCGAAUCUUCUGCUUUGCUCGCAAGCUCGACCUCGCCAGCCACUACGACAUGCGAACUCAAGCGACUUUUCAUAACCCCGGAAUCGCGAGGUCUCGGUGUGUCAAAACUAUUGAUGGAUGUUGCGGUGUCGGAGGCGAGAGAAUUGGGUUACAAGGAAGUGUUGCUCGAUACCUUGAGGACCAUGACGCCUGCACGGCGAUUAUACGAAAAGUUUGGGUUUGAGGAGACAAGGAGUUAUUAUGAGAACCCCAACGAUGCUGUCUUUUAUCGACUGGUGCUGUGAGAAAGGACCCGCGUAGCCAUUUCCGGCAGACGCAUCUCAGGAACA